AUGGCUUUGUCUAAGCGCAUUAUCAAGGAGACGGAACGUCUGAUGGCUGAACCGGUUCCUGGCAUUAAUGCUGUUCCUCACGAAGAUAACCUGCGUUACUUCGAUGUCUCUAUCCACGGCCCUGCCCAGUCCCCAUAUGAAGGUGGAAUCUUCCGUCUUGAAUUGUUUUUGCCUGAUGAUUACCCUAUGGUUCCUCCUAAGAUCCGCUUCCUAACUAAGAUCUAUCACCCCAACAUUGAUCGUCUGGGCCGCAUUUGUCUGGAUGUGUUGAAGAACAACUGGUCCCCCGCUCUCCAGAUCCGUACAAUCCUUCUCUCGAUCCAAGCCCUCCUUGGAGCCCCGAACCCCGAUGACCCUCUUGCCAACGAUGUUGCUCAGCGAUGGAAGGAGGAUGAACCCGCCGCCAUCCAGACAGCAAAGGAGUGGACCCGAACCCACGCCAUGACCUAG